AUGUAUCGCAUUCGUGACAAAUCGCCAGAGACCUUGAUUUUCUGGAUUUACGCGAAUAGCGCGGCCCGAUUCAAUCAGUGCUACCGCGAUAUUGCCGAUAAUCUCGAUAUACCAUAUCGAAAUUCCACCGACACGAACAUUUUUCAUGUUGUUCAUGACUGGCUUGAGAAGCAGCAAGAAAAAUGGAUCAUUGUUCUCGAUGGCAUGGAUAGUGAUUGUGAUCUUCCUCAGACAACCCCAACAGGAAGCCUAGAAGGCAUAACGAACGACGAAAAAAAGACUUUGUCUAACCCACUUGAAGGCUUUCUACCUCGGAGCCCCAACGGCUCUGUACUUUUGACCACAAGAAGCCUACUUGUAGCUAAGGAAAUAGCCACAAAUGAUGAAUUCAUUGGGAUGGAGCCUAUGAGCGAGCCUCUCGCAAUGGCACUCUUCUAUAGAAAUCUCGGUCAAAGCUCAAAUGAUGAGAGAGUCAGCAUACUUGUCAAAAGACUUCGCUUUCACCCACUCGCGGUUGUCCAAGCAGCCCUUUUGAUCAAGUCUCAACCUCAAUUGAGCAUAUCAACCCUUUGUGACCGGCUAGAUGCUCAUAUGCCAAUUCAGGAUACUGCUCCUCGUUCUAAUCCGCUUCAUAGCAUAUUGAACAGUACAUUCAAUCACAUUAGACAAACAAUGCCGGAAGCCUCAGAGAUAUUGUCAUUGAUGUGUUUCUUUGAACCUCAGGAAAUCCCUAAAACUUUUCUUGAAACACGAGGAGACAAAAGCCUCAGUGAGAAUGAAGAAAGCAUUAGAAUGAAGGUCUCCACUCAACCACUGAAUCAAAUCUACCAACGGCAUUGGCCACGUGCAAGAUUAGACGCUUCCAUCGACAUACUCGCCGAUUUAUCAUUAAUAUGUGUCAAAGACUCAAGCACAAUGGCAAUGCAUGGCUUAGUGCAACAGGAGCUGAAACGUCGGCUCGAGUUAGAAGGCCUAACCAAUCAAUGGUUAGCACAGUCUAUCAAAUGCCUUUGCCAUCAGCUGCCAGAAAUGAACUUUGAGAGUACAAGUGAUUGGCGGUUUUUCUUCCCGCAUGUGAAGGCUAUGAUAAAACAACGUCCAAUUGCGGGCCAGAGUGAACCACUUCUCGAAUGGGCAACCCUACUGCACAGAGGCUCGCGCUACGCGUGGACUAUUGGUGAAACAGUAGACAUGAAGCGAAUGGCCACGGCUGCGGUAGAGGUGAGACAGGAAUUGCUAGGUCCUGAUGAUCCAGAGACAAUUGAUGUUUCCACGUCUGUCAUCUUAGCUUAUCUGCUAUUGGGCCAGUGGGGUGAAGCAGAGCUUUUAGCAGAACAGCAGACGGAACGCUGCAGCCGUGUGCUAGGGGAUGAACACCCUAUUUCCCUCUUUGUCACAGGCCAAUUCGCAUUGUCAAAAUGGUAUCAAGGUCGAUGGCGUGAGGCAGAGCUGCCAAGUUUGAAGUUGCUCGACAUAGCUCAACGCACGCUCGGUGAGGAGCACCCAGAUACUUUGAGCAUCAUGAGCAAUAUUGCGGCGACUUAUGAUAACCAAGGUCUAUGGGAAAAAGCCGAAAGAUUGAACUCACAAGUACACGAGAGACGCUUGCGAAUUCUAGGUGCAGAGCAUCCAGACACAUUAACUAGCAAAAACAAUCUUGCAGUGAUUUACGAAAAGCAAGGUCAGUUGGAAAAAGCGAGGACGCUCAUCAUAGCGGUGUUAGAGAUACGCAGGGAUAUCCUAGGCGCAGAGCAUCCGGAUACUCUGAGUAGCAUGAGCAAUCUUGCCUCGGUUUAUCAUGCUCAAGGCGAAUUUUUACGGGCCGAGGAGCUCUCUCUCCAACUGCUUGAAAUCUAUAAGAGACUCCGCGGGAUUCAACACCGAGACACACUUGUGGGGAUUGAUAAUCUGGCAAGGAUCUAUCGAGACCAAGGUCGAGAGGAUGAAGCCGAGGUACUCGGUGCGCAGGUGGUUGAAGGAAGGCAAAAGAUCCUUGGUUUAAACCAUCCCGAUACUUUGAUGAGCCUAGUAAGCCUGGGUGCAAUAUAUUCGAGCCAGAGGCGGUGGGAUGAAGCUGAAGCAAUCCAAGAGCAAGCCCUGAAAGGCCAACAGAUAACACUCGGCCUUGAGCAUCCAGAUGUCCUUUCUAGCAUGGAUUCUCUAGCAUCUAUCUACAGAAGUCAAAGGCGACUGGAAAAGGCUGAUGCAAUGUACCGCCAAUCAAUAAAGACCCUCAAGGCCUCUCUUGGGUCGGGCCACACAAGCACCGCAAAGAGCCUAGGGAAGUUGGCCUUAGUUCUCCUCGAUCAAGGGGAAUUUAAAGAAGCGGAAUUGUUGCAGAAAGAGUCAGUCGAAGUCAUCGAGAAUGCACUUGGCCCAGACCAUCCCGAUGUUUUGGAAGGCAUGAAUACCCUGGCCUUAAUAUUUACCAAGCAGAAACGCCCCCAUGAGGCUGAAAAAGUUCAACGUCGGGUCGUAGACUGUCGCAAGACAAUCUUUGGCAUGGAGCAUCGAAACACCCUAGAUAGCAUGGAGAUUUUGGCGGUUUUGCUUUUUGACAUGGGUCAAUGGGAAGAAGCCGAAGGACUAGCAAAGACAGUCACUCAAGUCCGAGCAAAGGAGCUCCGAAAGCAUGGUCCGAAGGCAACAAAAGCCACUUUACUACUUCAGAAAAUCUCUCAGAUGAAGUUGGCUCGAGGUAUAUCUCCUGACGAGGAUGGUGACUCAGAUAUCUCCGAUUUCGGAUCCGUCAUUAGCAGCUUGUCCUUUACGGGCAGUAGUUCUUCAGGUACAUCCCUCGAUAACUCAAUUGUCACAUCCGCUGUUGAAGUCUUCACGGCCUCACUCCUGGGUAUGGAAACAUUUCAACAAGUCUGCAGGUUUGCGCUUGAGGAAAGCGGCUACUCAAAGAUGCGCAUUCGGAGAAACCUGGAAAAAGCCCUUGGCCGCUUUGCAUCCCAUUUGACUCGCGAACCUGAGUUAGGAGUCGAGCCUCAUAUCAUCAAGUUUUUUCGUGGUUCACAGCUCAGAAUAGCAAGCCUUACUAUGCAAUCACUCGGCAAAACGAGGCCCUCCGGGCUAGAGGAAUCCAAUAUUCGCCUAGUCGAGGAAGAGAGUUCUAGAGCCAAGGUCUUGGACUAUCUUCAAACACGAGAAGAUUCAUCUCGGCUAAUUCGAAAUGAGCAAUUCGAUGUAAUUAAUUUCGAGCCACAUAUUCAGGGCAAGACAGAGGGUCGUGACGAAGUAGAUUCUGACUCCGACUCCGAGGCAGAUUCCAUUCCCGAUGCCCCAGAGAUCGCGGAACAGACACUGGUGGACGAUCUUCAAAGAAUAGAGCACCUCAUUUUCCACUCAAAUGCUUUCCAAAUUAUGGAGAGAGAGUUUCACGAUUUUGUCUUUCCGUCUAUGCGAUCCAUUCUCUUUAAAUGGAUUUUGAAAAAGCGGAGGAGUGGAGAAUUUACGAGUACACAGCUCCAUAAUCUUGAAGUAAUAGUGAGUGAGCUGCAACACGUCGGGCCGGAUAAGAUAGCACUGAGCUUUGAUGAGGAUUAUUCGAUCUUAAAUACCAUCAAAGGCAAAUGGGAGGCAUUUACAGCGGAAAGAUGGGACUGGUGGCCUCUCAGGCCCUACAUGCGCGCUUUAGCAAACGAUGAGGCUCGUUUACACUGGCAAUGUGUGAGUUUGUUGAUUUUGCUUGUAUGA